AUGGACAAAGCUUGGUUGGAAGACCUCUCGGAGGAUUGGCCUUCGGAACCAAAGCCAUCUGGCUCACGCUCGCCCUCACGCUCACCUGCGCCUUCUCUGCCAACCUGCAACUCAGUAUCGCCGCGCACUACCCCUCGUCCACAAUCCCAACACAGUCGCAUACCAAAAUACAACCCACAAAAGAAGAAAUCGGCCGCAGAAUUGGGCCAAUACGGUACCCCUUUGAGCGAGCGAAGUUUGAGUGACGCCAAUGUUCCAUUAUCCCAACGAGCAUCGAAAAUUCCUUCGAAAUUGCGGGAUGAUAUAUCGCAUAACAUUCGCGAGGAAGAAGGCACUACACGCCAUAGGUCGCAUUCAGACUCGGCCAACGGAUCAGUGCAGUAUAACACAAUCGAAUACGGCUCGGUCAAUAUCUCGCCAAAUAAAGCGAACCAUGAAACACCUGAAUGGAGAAGACGAUUAUUACAGGGCGAUGUUGCAUAUGGCGAAAAGCGCGAUCUAUUUAGUUCCGCAGGGCUUGAAAAUAUAUUCAAACCUCCGCCUGCAACGGCAAAACCGCCCAAGAAUUUCGAAGAAUCAAGCGUCAUGCCGUCCAGUCCCCCGCCAUACAACCAUCGAAAAGCCCAGUCAGAAACAGGAUCUUUUAGUGGAGAGGAGGUCGACGACGCGGCUGAAAAACAGGCUAGACAGCCGCGGCAGAUUCAGUAUAGACGAGCGAGUGAUGGCAUGAGCGAAUUCUCUUCCAAAAAUUUGAGUAGGAGUAGCAGUUUUCAGCCUAGGAUAUCCGCAGACCACAAUUCCAACCAGGGGAAGGGAGGCGACGACCUUUCGAUGGGGGCCGAGUCUUCUGUGAUACACCAGAACAGCCAGAAAGAUAUACCUGGCCGUGUUAUCAGCGGACAAAGCGAUUUUCACAACGAGGAGUUUAGCCCGGUAUUUAUCUCAAGGCAGCCAACUGGCACUGGUAACAUUGAUUUUGUCGCCGGGAUCCCACCUGCAGAAUUGAAUAAGCGUUUAGAGGAAUUUCGGGAAGAAUCGGUGGACAUAACGAAUGACGAUUUCAAUGAUUCCGACGCCAGUGAGAAACUCGAAUUAACUGCGGACCCGGAUGAUUUUGCUCACAAUGGGAGAUUCGUCAAUCUUCGAAGGGGAGGAAGAUCGCAAGAAGCCUCUUUUCAAAGACGCAUGUUAAGUCCUUCUUCGCUGCCAGCUAUUGAUGAGUCCGCAAUGUUACCAGAGGAAUCAAUGCAAGCAAGCACGCCCAAGAAUCUCCCCACAUUUAACCCCGUGUUCAACAAAACGAGAACGUCAGAUCAACAGGAAAGACAAGCGUCUUCUAGUCGAAGCUUGUCUCCUAUACCACAAACGCCGUAUGCCAAUCCUAGCAAGUCAAAGGAGAAACAAAAUGAAAAUAAUUCAGGCAGUCCUUUGAAACUUUUUGACACCUACGAUACCUUCACAAAUCAGAAGCUUCUACGCCGGCUGAGUCAAUUUGAAGAAUGCAGUAGUCAGGAUAAAUCUUUACCAAAUCAUGAAGCAUCACGUUCAGCCUCAGCGGAAACUACAAUCAGGACCGGGGGAAGUAAGACUACUCAACAGAAAGCUUCAGCCAAGUUCAGUAGUUUUGGAAAGGGAGACUUGGAUGAUUAUCAAUUCAGCGAGGAUAUCUCAUAUGACACUCAGAAGUCAGAUGAGGACUGCAGCAUGAACCAUCUUCCAGUUCUUGAUCGGGCCCAAACGACAUUCACUUUCCAGUUGGACCUUUCGCCAGAGCACGAUAAAGGCAACAACAUAGCCUCGGUAAAAACGAAAUACACAGCCAAUUCGACACAUACAACAAGCACUGUCAAACAGAGAACUACCAUUCAAACUGCUCGAUCAGGAACUGCUAAUUCUGAUUCUACGACGGAAUUGCCCUCAUACAAGUUAGUUGAGGACCUGCAGACUCCUAGAAAACGUGAUGGGGAUGCAGAUGGCAAACGGUUACGCAUAUCACCCUCGAAGGAUUCCACUCCGAAACGGCGAAGAACGCUGCAGGAAAACGAAGUAGAAGUUGCUUGCUCCGAUAGCGAGGUGGAAUCGGAGUCGUUUGGAGAGAGAGAGGAUCAGUCGGUUAUUGGGAAGAAAGAAAAAGAUGCAAGUUAUAUUGAUGACCAACAGGCUGCAAAUCCAAAAGUACUUGCCAUGCGCGAAAUACUUCGUCCGCGAUCGCCAACUCCAAGCCAAAAGGGUCAGCACAAGAUAGGGAGCAAUUCACGCUCACAAUCAGGACGACAUUUCUUAGAGAAAGCAAGGCUAUUACAGAACCAAAGGAUUGCGCAGGUGCAAGCCGAACUUGACGCAAGCGACGGCCAGAGGCUAGCACAAGCGGUUGGUGCAAGUCAACAUUUGAUCGAUGGAAACCGUGUGGGUUCUGUCACCACGCAAGAUUUCUUGGACGAAGCCAAGAAAAUCAUGGCCGGCAUAAGAGGAAAAGCCCUACCUCGGAGCGGUUUAGCAAGUUUGGAAGAGAGCGAGGCAGACAACGAUCGACAGCGUUCCAUGGACGGGGUCGAAGUUGAGGAGGAGGAUUUGGAAGAUUCCUAUCAAGAGUCAACCAGGGAACCGUUUUCUCGUCCACCCAGUCGCGAUGGUGCACCUAUACAGAGAUUGCCACAGAAACAAGUGGACCCAGAACUUCUCAACCAUCUACGGAAAUAUCAGGAGACAAACGAUUUCGAAGGAGUUGUUGCUUCCUCGGCGAGGUCGAUCUCAAUGGCAAAGGAAGCCACUAAUGCUAUCAGAGAAGCGCAAGAGGUUGCAGAAGGAAAACGUUCUAGGGUAUUAAGUCAACAGCCAAGCCUGGGAGAGUACAUUGAAAGUGAUCCCCCAAAUAUUCGACUCUCGGCAAAUCCAGACCUUCUACGGAAGAGAAAGCAUUCAGCCACUUCAACUAACCCAAGUAGGGUUGUUUCCGGUGACGGACAGGACCCCGAGUUUCUGACGCAAGGUUAUGCCUCCUCGGGCAGUCAAUCAACAUCUAGAUCAAUACCAACCGCAUCGUCGAGGGGCUCUGACUCGAGGCGUGUAAUCGCGCCAGAAACAGUAUCUCACCUUAUACCUGAGCAGGUUGCUGGUAUGGUCCUCGAUCGUCAACGCAACAUCUGGAUCAAGAGAAAGAAUAGUACGGACGAGGGGAAUCUCAAUUUCUUACCUUCUGACGAAACUGAAGAAGACCCAUUCGGGGGUAUUCCAGAUUUAUCCGUUGAUGAAACCCAGGAACUGCAAAGAAUCAAGACUGUUGCUGCUCAACUUAAACACACUACCGAGCUUCUAGAGGAGCACCACAAUCAGUAUCACAAAAACUUGAUUACAGCAUAUUCACCUGCUAAAAAGCCAACGGGUGAGGCAGUGGCGAUGGCCAGCUCGAUACCAGCGAAUUCCGAAUAUGGCUCAGAAGAUGACGACAGCCACUUGUCAGCAAUUCCACGAGAAACCAGCCCUAUGACACAUCGCCAAAAGCAGGCGGAACUUGAAGAACAACUGGACAUGGAGGAAGAAAUUGAGAAGGAGAUCUCCAUACAUGAGGAUCGUAUCCGGCCGAUAACCCCACCACGUCGGCGCAAUGUCACCAUAACCUUCUCAUCUCCACUUGCUGAGCUCAUUCCACCAACUCCGGACCAAGAUGUGUAUUCCUCUUCUUUUCAACGUGAUAGCGAUGAGAGCCAGGAUGAGGGAAAUAGUACUAUCAUCGUCACCAAGAAUGCAAGCAAGCAGAGAUCGGUGUCUUUGAGGGUGCGUUCCUCUAUGAAAAAGCCGUUACGAAGAGGCUCGCUUCGCGGUCACAGCUUUCCGGUGCGCCCGGUAUCACGUAUUGAUGAGCGGGACGAGGAUGGAUACAAUGGGGAGUUUCAGCAAAGAAGCGUCAGCGUCGCUGCAGGAACACCAGCAAUCUCACGACGAGCUAUCAGUACCACGUCCUUGACCCCGCGGCCAACUCACGAGAUUGGACGCUUGAGUCUCAGUCCAUUAUCCGAGUUUACAAUGCAUCAAGACGACGAAUCAUUUGGUCUUAAUGUCAGUUAUGUAGAUGGCGGACAGCCAUUUCAGCACGGAACCAAUACGAAAAAGACACUAUCUCGUACCAUAAAAGAUCUUGUUGAGAAAAUCACCGAGGUUGAGCCGUUCGAACCAUUCUGGGAGCAUAUUAAGGAAAUGGACCUCAGUAACAAGGACCUCUCAAAUCUGCACAAGCUUGACGAGUUUUGUGGGCAACUCGUGGAACUCAACGCUUCCCACAAUCAGAUAAAUCAGUUGGACGGAAUAUCAAGUUCAGUGAGACAUUUACGUAUCUCUCACAACUGUCUCAGCGAUCUCACUGCUUGGGGCCACCUCCGCAACUUGCAAUAUAUCGAUAUCUCGAACAAUGAAAUUGAAUCUCUGUCAGCGUUUAAGAACUUGUUUCAUCUGAGAGGACUCCGCGCAGACAACAACAUGAUCAAGUCAGUUGAUGGUAUAAGUCAGCUCGAUGGUCUUAUAAGCUUGCGUCUCCGGGGCAAUCUUGUUGAAUCGAUCGACUUUCGGGGCACGGAGCUUCAAAGAUUAACGCAUCUUGAUCUCAGAAACAACCAAAUCCGCGAUGUUCAGAACUUGCAUGAGCUACGUUCUCUUUCAGACCUUGAUCUAGAAGAAAAUCAGCUAAGCAGCUUUUAUGUUGAAGCUCCCGAGGGCCUCGAGACACUGAAAAGUCUCCGGCUAGGUGGUAACGACUUGGAGCGUAUUGAUAUCGGCCCAUAUCCAAAUCUGCGCACCCUUUAUCUCGACAAAAAUCGCCUCGUUCACCUUACUGGAUUUCUCAAAGCAAAGCACUUAGAUAGCUUGUCACUAAGAGAGCAAAAGGAAGGCGCUGUCAUCGACCUCUCAUUCCUUUCCGAGGCAUUCGAGAUUCGCAAACUUUUUAUGUCUGGAAAUCUGAUCAACUCAUUUGAACCCAAAGUCGAUUUCCUGAACUUGCAGUACCUCGAACUUGCAAAUUGUGGAUUAGAAUCAUUGGCCCCCAAUCUCGGACAACUCAUUUGCAACACUCGCGUACUGAAUCUCAAUUACAACGCUUUAAGGGACAUUUCCCCUCUGGUAGGGAUUGUGCGUCUGAAGAAGCUUCACUUGGCCGGCAAUAGACUGACCAGUCUGAGGAGGGUAACAGCCGAUCUAUCAGAAUUCCCGGGUGCCACCUUGAUUGAUCUCAGAGCAAAUCCUUUGACUCAAGGAUAUUAUCCUCCUGUCUUGGACGGUUCCAUGGUUCUGAGGCAGCACAACGAAGAGAUACCAUUGCCGGAGCCCUAUACAAUGGCCAGAGCUGAUAGCUUCAGAGACGCAAAAUAUGCCAGGUGCUUGGACAUGUCUACGAAGAUGCUCAGAAGACUUUUUGAGAUCAUGAUGCUUCGUGGAUGCCCUCGAUUGAAGGUUCUGGAUGGUCUAAAUGUCAAUCGUGCACUUUUGGAUUCUAGGGAUAACAUAUGGGACGCUCUCGUCGCCCGUGGACUCGUCAUUGACUUUGGAUCCGAUGCUCCAAAAGCCUGUCAGGCUCAGAUAACGCAACCGGAAGCGCCCGGCAAUGUGACGGCUGCGGCGUCGAAAGCGGAUGUUGAAGAUGCCAAACGUGCAAGUGAACAGGAGCAAGAACCCGUGCCUGUGGAAGCAAAAAUACCGGAAACACCGGUUUUCGAGGAGAGAUGGGGAGCAGAAGACAGUUUUGCGUGA